UUAACCUAACAAUGCACUGUGAUACUACUAAAUUUUUACAUAUUUGUGAUAUUUGAUUAGCGCAAUAAUAUAAUUUAUACUUACCGCAACCGUCGUAUGUUACACGGAAGUUAUUUACCAGUUCUGCAGUACCUACUUCAACAAAAUGGCGAACGUAAGCUUGCACAGCUCGCCGCAGUGGCGCUGGAAUUGGGUGGAUCUUUGCGGCGAGGAAUUCAAAAUAUGGGCGCCACAACGCCACGACUUGGGUAUUUGCUUCCAGCAACUAUGCCUCGACAUUCCUGUUUUAGCCAUGCUAGCGAUAUCGUCAGCGUAUUACUUCGGUAGACACGAGGGUUUUGUCACCAGAGGUAGAAUCCAACUGAUAGCCAUUAAUAUCCGAUGCGUCAUUGUCCUUUGCCUAGCCUUCCUGCCCCUCAUACAGAUAUACAUAGACAUAAACAAAGGACAAGCACAAAUAAAUAAAAUAUCGUUCUUCCUCAGCGCGGUGCAAGGAAUAACCUGGUUCACGCAUUUGGGUUAUACCAUGGGUUUGAGGAAGAGGCUUGGUAAGAGUCCUAGAGGGCCUAUUUAUAUGUGCAUUGUUUGGUCUUUGAUGCUGGCUUUGACUGUUAUAUCGUUCAGAAGCCAUUACCUUCUUUACAGUUACUCGAUCCAGGCCAACUACAGUAUUUGCUUGGCCUACGGCUUUAGUAUUUGUUAUUUGAUAGCACACAUAGGAUAUGCCUUGACUCUCAUCCCAAGUGAAGGUAGCAGCACUUACUUCAAUUUCUCCAACAGAUAUACAGAGAUCGGCGAGAACCAGCCCCUUCUGACCAGCAAUGCCUACGUGCGCUUCACCGAAGAGGGCGACCCCACUUACCUGGGGGUGGCCAUGGAGGAAGCCAAUUGGUUCUCCAAGUUGUUGUUUUACUGGGUGAAUCCCAUGAUGGAGAAGGGUCUGCAGGGAAAGAUAAGCAAUUCGGACGAUCUCUACGACCUACCCAUGUCCCUCAAUUGCGGAUUAAUAAGCGCCAAAUUGUCCAAGCACUUGAGUCGAGGGAAGGGACGCGAGAGCAAUUCAGCAGAAGACCUACCAUCCACCAUAUCAUCCGCCUCGACGCCGACGUCCGUAGACGUCUCGUUCGCAGGAACCGGAAAGAACAAGACCACUCUUUUCAUGGCCCUGCAUCGCUGUUUCUGGGUCCAGUUCUACAGCGUAGGCAUCUUGAAGUUCGUAGCGGAUUGUGCGGCCUUCGCUGGGCCCAUGCUCUUAAACAGGUUGGUGGGAUUUAUCGAGGACAAGUCCGAGGACGUAGAAUGGGGGUAUAUCUACGCCGCUGGGCUUAUGAGUACCACCGUCGUAUCAUCCCUGUGCGACUCCCACUUCAAUUUCCAAAUGGCCCUUGUGGGCCUGAGGAUGAGGGGUGCUUUGGUCACGACCAUUUACCGCAAGACUCUAACCGUGAGCUCGACUGUCUUGAACGGCCAUUUCACGGUAGGGGAAAUAGUUAACUUUAUGUCGACGGACACCGAUCGGAUCGUGAACUCCUGUCCCAGUUUUCACGCCUUGUGGAGCAUUCCCUUCCAGCUUGCCGUGACUCUGUUCCUGCUCUACAGCCAGCUGGGGAUAUCCUUCCUAGCCGGCGUAGUUUUUAGCGUAAUACUUAUCCCAGUAAAUAAGCUAAUAGCGAGCAAAAUAGGCCAAUUAAGCACGAAACUUAUGGAACACAAGGACGCCAGGGUUAGGCUAAUUACCGAAGUUUUGAGGGGUAUUAAGGCCAUAAAAUUAUACGUCUGGGAGCAACACUUUAUACGGCUGGUAACCAAACUGAGGGAUCAAGAACUGAAGUACCUAAAGGGCAGGAAGUACUUGGACGCCCUCUGCGUGUACUUCUGGGCAACAACUCCUGUCGUUAUAUCCAUCCUCACUUUCGGCACCUACGUGCUGUUGGGCAACAAACUAUCCGCCGCCACCGUCUUCACGGGGAUGGCCCUGCUGAACAUGCUGAUAAGCCCCUUGAACGCCUUUCCCUGGGUGCUUAACGGCAUGGCCGAGGCGUGGGUGUCCGUGAAGAGGAUACAGAGGCUGUUGGAUAUUCCAGACCUGGACCUGGAACACUUCUACAGCAGGAGGCUGCUCGACGAGUGCGACGACAACACGGAGAUCGUAAUCAGGGAGGGCGGCUUCGAUUGGGGCAAGGAAUUAAGCAGGGCGGAGAAAAUGCGGCUGCACGCAUUAAACGAGAAAACUUCCGUCAAAGGGAAAGGUAAAGGCAAAAGGUCCGCGCUGACGAUAGACAAAAGGAAAAGCUUUGAGAGUCACAUCGUCGAGGAGGGCGAAGACGGCGGUUUCAGACUGCACCGUCUCAAUUUCAAAAUCAGAAAGGGUGAAUUCGUGGGGAUCAUCGGGCCAGUAGGUAGCGGAAAGUCAUCGUUUUUAUCGGCAAUUUUGGGCGAGCUCCCGAUCGUGUCGGGGGAGAUCGCAAUUAACCAGAUUGAGUCAGGAUUCGGCCUGGUGACGCAACAGCCCUGGUUGCAAUGCGGCACCCUCCGGGACAACGUCCUCUUCGGCCGACCCUACGACGACAGCAAGUACAGAUCCGUGCUGUUCGCCUGCGGCUUGGCCGAAGACAUCCAACAGCUGCCAGCCGGGGACAUGACGGUGGUGGGGGAGAGCGGCUCGACGCUUUCCGGUGGUCAAAAGGCGAGGGUGGCGCUAGCGCGCGCCGUCUACCAGGACAAGUCCGUCUAUCUCCUGGACGACAUCCUCUCAGCGGUGGACGCGAAGGUGGCCAAGCAUAUCUUCCAGCACUGCCUCAUGGGGUUGUUGCUGAAUAAGACCAGGAUUCUGUGCACCCACCACGUGCAGUACCUGAUAUAUGCCGACGCCAUAGCGCUAGUAGAGGAUGGAUCGAUUAAGAAGAUUGGAAAGCCGGCCGACGUCCUCUACCAGAUCGACGACACGUUACCCGUCGACUUAGAGCUAGGCGAGAGCAUCCACUCCACGUCGACUUCCGCCUCAAAUUCCCUGCUCGAGAGCAUCAAACAGGACAAUUCCCUCGGCGCCAAAGAGGACGCCUUAUUCCAAGAAACCAGCGAGAUGGGCGGGGUAGAGUUCAGCGUGUACUCCUCUUACUGGAAGGCCAUAGGACACAUACUGAGCUUGACGAUCCUGUGUUCCAUAAUUUUCAUGCAGAUAUCCAGGAAUAUGACGGACUGGUGGCUGGCGCACUGGGUCACCAACCAGGAGAGUCCGAACUCGACAAACUUCUCCGUCGACGUGGAUAUUGCAUUUUUUAUGGUUGGCGGUCUCGGAUCGGACGACGGCGACGUGUAUUCUUAUUUGAAGGUGUACGUGGAGUUCGCCGCAGUGAAUACUCUGUUUACUUUGGUCAGGGCGUUCCUGUUCGCCUAUGGAGGAGUGAAAGCCGCCACGAAGGUUCAUAAGUCGUUGCUGAAGUCCGUAAUAAAGGCAAAAUCCGCGUUUUUCGACAUCACCCCCACGGGCAGGAUCCUGAACAGAUUCUCCAGCGACACCUACACGGUCGACGACUGUCUGCCCUUCAUCCUAAACGUACUCCUGGCCCAGUUCUUCGGCCUAAUCGGAAGCCUGGUGAUCACGAUAUACGGCUUGCCCUGGAUCUGCAUGAUCCUGAUACCGCUCGUACCGGUGUAUCACUGGCUCCAGAACCACUACAGGUUGACUUCGAGGGAACUCAAGAGGAUAUCGAGCGUGACGCUGUCUCCCGUCUACAGUCAUUUCAACGAGACGCUGCAAGGACUGACGACUAUCCGAGCCAUGAGGGCUUCCCAGAGGUUCAAGCGGGACAACGAGGAUAACGUGGACGCGAACAUAAAGGCCCAGUUCGCCAGUCAAGCUGCUGCGCGGUGGCUGGGGUUGCGGUUGCAGUUUAUUGGCGUGGCUGUGGUUGCAGGUGUUAGCUUCAUCGCUGUGAUCCAGCAUCAGUACGACGUCGCCGAUCCAGGGUUGAUCGGCCUGGCGAUAUCCUACGCCCUUUCGGUGACUGGCGCCUUGAGUGGAGUUGUGAAUGCCUUCACCGAAACCGAGAGGGAAAUGAUAGCUGUCGAACGUGUCAAUCAGUACAUCAGGGAGAUUCCGACAGAGAGCGCCGACUUCGUGAUCGAUCCUCCAUUCGCCUGGCCCAGUCAGGGAGUCGUCUUUUUCAACGACGUCGUCCUGAGCUACAGAGAACACCUCACGCCUUCCCUUAAAGGAGUGUCGUUCGAGACGAGGCCGUGCGAGAAGAUUGGAGUUGUCGGACGGACCGGAGCGGGGAAGAGUUCUUUGAUAUCGGCCCUCUUCAGAUUGGUAGAGGUUGCCUCUGGGUCGAUAUGUAUAGAUUCUGUGGACAUCCGACGCAUAUCCUUAGCGUCUUUGAGGUCUAGGAUGUUUUGCAUCCCUCAGGAUCCCUUCCUCUUCGACGGUACCAUCAGGGAGAACUUGGAUCCGUUGGGUGAAUUCCGUGAAGACGAAAUAUGGACGGCGUUGAAUAAGGUGAACCUCGUGGGAACUAUCCAGGCUUUGGGAGGACUGGAGAAUAAGGUGGAUGGAAGCGGUGCCAAUUUUUCUGUUGGGCAGAAGCAGCUGAUUUGUCUGGCUAGAGCUGUUCUACAUAACGCCAAAGUACUCUGCAUAGACGAGGCCACAGCCAACGUGGACCACGAGACAGACAGACUUAUCCAACAAACGUUGCGCUCGGCCUUCAGGAAGAGCACCGUCGUAACGAUAGCGCACCGCGUGCAAACCAUCUUCGAUUCUGACCGCGUGCUGGUGAUGAGCGACGGUAGAGUCGUGGAAUUUGACAGCCCGGAGAACCUUCUCGCCGAUGCCAAUUCCCACUUUUCACAGUUAGUGAGUCACGAGUGAGAUGUGUGUCUGUGUGUGGUCCCGGAUUUUUUUCAGUUGGACUGAUAUCGGGUGCGCGAGUGUUCUGAAAGAUAGUUCUCCUAGAAUGGCUCAAAUUUAAUAGUCUCUCUUGAGCAAUUAAUGACUUGCUGAUACCUCUAGUUGAAUUUACCAAUUCGCCAUAAGAGAAAAAAUAUAUUUAAUUCUCUUUAGUUACUAGACAGAUACACCUAAAUUACAAAUAAUUAUCAUUUUACUGUGAAACGUUAAAGUUUUUAAUACGUGUUGAGAUUAUAGAAGUAUUUUUCUCCUAAAAAGUCAAAAUUGCUUUAAAAAGUCAGUAUUAGAGUGAGGAAUGUUAAUUGUAAAGUAGAUACAGAAAUAUUUAGGAAGAAAACAUUUAUUUAUAUUUCAGCAUCAGUGACGUAGAGUAGCGAAGGUAUAAAGGGAUAUCGAGUGAGAAAAAAACAUUUUAUACGAUUUAAAAAAUAAUAACUUCAAUCAAGCAAGCUUAACAUUUAUAAUUUUUGUA